AUGGCCCAUGGUGUCCCGCUCAGAGAAUCAGAAGAAGCUACCCUCUCGUCGAGAGGGUAUCAUUUGCUACAAAAAUUAGGAGAAGGAUCUUACGCUCAAGUAUUCUUAGCGGAGUUUUUAGGAGAUAGUGACGAUAAAGAUAAGGGUCCCAAGUUUCUUGCAUGCAAAAUCGUAGACGUAAGCAAAGCUCCUAGGGAUUUCGUCAAGAAGUUCCUUCCCAGAGAAUUGGAUAUUCUUGUUAGAAUAAAUCAUCCUCAUAUCAUACAUGUGCACAGUAUUUUUCAACGAAAGCAGAAGUAUUAUAUAUUCAUGAGAAACGCCGAAAAUGGCGACCUAUUAGAAUACGUCCUUAAAAAAGGACCCAUAUCCGAAGCACAAAGCAGAGUUUGGUUUCGUCAACUGGCGCUAGCCAUUCAAUACCUUCAUGAAUUGGAAAUAGCUCAUCGCGACUUGAAAUGUGAAAAUUGUCUGAUAACGAAUAACUACAAUUUGAAAUUAGCUGAUUUCGGGUUCGCUCGUUUUGUGAUCGAUCAACAAGGUAGAAAAUUGAACAGUGCAACUUAUUGUGGAUCUUUAUCGUAUGCGGCGCCCGAAGUGUUAAGAGGAAUGCCUUAUUAUCCGAAAACUGCGGACGUAUGGUCUUUGGGCAUCAUUCUUUACAUCAUGACAAACAAAGCCAUGCCCUUCGACGACACCAACGUCAAACGGCUGAACGAGCAACAAUUGCAGCGCAAAUGGAAAUUCCGUUCGAAAGUAGUAGAUUCAUUGAGCGAACAAAUUAAAAAUUUAAUCACUCACUUAAUGGAACCGGACGUUCAAAAACGAUACAAAAUCGAUCAGCUAUUGGGCUCCGAAUGGCUCUCCAUGGAUCCCAGAUUGCUGCAACUCAACCAGGCCGAAGAGCAGGCGUUGACGCAGGCGCAGAUCGAUCGAAAGAAUUACAUCGAUUCGUUAAAAAACGCGCAGCCCGAAAAGAAAAUGGGUAUGGAAGAUGUCAAAGUUUUUAAAACAUCUGAUGGAGAAUAA